AACAUUUUCCUAAACUCCAAUGGCUAGCAGCUUCAUCUUAAACCCUACACUAGAGCCCUCCACUGCUAAUUUCUGGUAGAACUAAAAAAAAACCCAAAUGCAAAUGAGAAAAAGAUUGCUUAACCCUCUUUUAUUUUACUCAAAAUCACUGCCUUUUUCCCCUCAAAAUCCCCAACUUCCCUACCAAUUCUUCUUCUCCCCAAUUACUCAAUUCAUUUCCACUUCUUCCGCUGACAAUCUAAAUGGUCUAAUCGAUCCAGAUGACCCGUUUCCGAUGCAAAACAACCCACGGGUCGAGCCCGUUUCAUCCCAAGACUUCGCCUUUUUAAGAGCUGAUUCAGUUCCUCCUUCACAGAAAAAAGUUGAUGCUGGUAAGUUUUCAAACGAUGCUGUUUUGAUUGCGAAUGCCAUUUUGAGUGAUAACGGGGAGUUUGAGGACAAAACCCAGAUAGUUCUUAGGCAAUUUAGAGAAAGAAUCAACGAAAAAUUGGUUGUUGAAGUUUUGAACUUGGUGAAACUGAAACCCGAAUUGGGUGUAAAGUUUUUCAUUUGGGCUGGGAGGCAAAUUGGGUAUAGUCAUACUUCUGCUGUGUUUAAUUCUUUGCUUGAUUUAUUAGAAUCUAGUAACAGUGACCAUGUUCAUGAGAAAUUUUUGUUGGAAAUUAGGAAUGAUGAUAAAGAAGUACUGAAAAAGUUGCUCAAUUUAUUGAUUGGAAGGUAUUGCAAAAAUGGGUUGUGGAAUAUGGCAUUAGAGGAAUUAGGUAGGCUUAAGGAUUUUGGUUACAAGCCAUCUAGAGCGACUUAUUGUGCAUUGGUUCAAGUGUUUUUGCAAGCUGAUAGGUUAGAUACUGCCUAUUUGGUUUAUAGAGAGAUGUCGGAUGCCGGGUUUCACAUGGAUGGUUAUACACUAAGGUGUUAUGCGUAUUCCCUUUGUAGGAUGGGGCAAUGGAGGGAGGCCCUUACGUUGAUAGAGAAGGAAGAAUGCAAGCCGGAUACUGCUUUUUACACAAAAAUGAUAUCCGGUUUGUGUGAAGCUUCGCUUUUUGAAGAAGCUAUGGACUUCUUGAAUAGAAUGCGUGCUAAUUCUUGCAUUCCUAAUGUUGUGACGUACAGGGUUUUGCUUUGUGGUUGUUUGAAUAAGAGACAACUUGGUAGGUGUAAGAGAGUCCUUAACAUGAUGAUUACGGAAGGUUGUUAUCCAAGUCCUAGCAUAUUUAGUUCUCUUGUUCAUGCUUAUUGCAAAUCUGGAGAUUAUUCUUAUGCGUUUAAAUUGCUAAAGAAAAUGACCAAAUGUGGGUGCCAACCAGGCUAUGUGGUUUAUAACAUAUUGAUUGGUGGCAUUUGCGGGAAUGAGGAGUUACCAAGCUCAGAUGUGCUAGAAUUGGCUGAGAACGCUUAUAAUGAAAUGCUUGCUGCUGGAGUUAUCCUAAAUAAGAUCAAUGUUAGCAAUUUUGCCAGGUGUCUAUGUGGUGUUGGGAAAUUUGAGAAAGCAUGUAACAUUAUUCAUGAAAUGAUGCGUAAAGGCUUUAUACCUGAUACUAGUACAUACUCCAAAGUGAUUGCUCAUUUGUGUAAUGCCUCUAAAGUAGAAAAGGCUUUUCUAUUGUUCGGGGAAAUGAAAAAGAAUUGUGUCGUACCUGAUGUAUAUACAUACACUAUUUUAAUUGAUAGUUUUUGUAAAGCUGGUCUUAUUGAACAAGCACAUAAUUGGUUCGAUGAGAUGGUAAAGGUUGGAUGCGCCCCUAAUGUGGUGACGUACACUGCUCUAAUACAUGCUUAUCUUAAAGCAAGGAAGGUGUCCAAGGCUGAUGAACUCUUCGAGAUGAUGUUGUCUAAGGGUUGCAUUCCAAAUGUUGUUACAUAUACAGCUUUGAUUGAUGGUCAUUGCAAAGCUGGGCAGAUUGAGAAAGCUUGUCAGAUUUAUGCUAGAAUGUGCACUAAUGCAGAAAUCCCGGAUGUAGAUUUAUAUUUUAAAGUGGUUGACAGUGAUGCCAAAACACCAAAUGUUUUCACAUAUGGAGCUUUAGUGGAUGGUUUAUGCAAGGCUCACAAGGUCAAAGAGGCACACGAUUUAUUGGAAGCCAUGUCAGUAGUUGGUUGUAAGCCAAACCAAGUUGUGUAUGAUGCUCUUAUUGAUGGAUUUUGCAAGGUCGGAAAGCUAGAUGAAGCACAAGAGGUGUUUUCCAAGAUGUCUGAGCAUGGUUAUAGUCCAAAUAUUUAUACGUACAGUUCAUUAAUUGACAGGUUGUUUAAAGAUAAACGGCUAGACCUUGCUUUAAAAGUCUUAUCCAAAAUGCUUGAAAAUUCUUGCGCUCCUAAUGUUGUUAUAUACACAGAAAUGAUUGAUGGCCUAUGUAAGGCUGGUAAAACAGAUGAGGCCUAUAAGCUUAUGUUGAUGAUGGAAGAAAAGGGGUGCUAUCCUAAUGUGGUGACUUACACUGCGAUGAUAGAUGGCUUCGGCAAAGCAGGUAAAAUCAACAAAAGCCUUGAACUUUUAGAAGAAAUGGGUUCCAAGGGUGUUGCUCCGAAUUUCAUCACGUAUAGUGUUAUGAUAAACCACUGUUGUAUCGUUGGCCUAUUAGAUAAGGCUUAUGAACUUUUGGAAGAGAUGAAACAGACAUACUGGCCUAGGCAUAUCGCAAGCUACCGUAAGGUCAUUGAAGGUUUCAACAAAGAGUUCAUAAUGUCCCUAGGGCUUUUAGAUGAGGUUGGAAAAAGUGAAUCUCUGCCGGUCAUUCCUGUUUAUAGAGUGCUUAUCUAUAAUUUUAUAAAGGCUGGGAGACUAGAGAUGGCUUUACAGCUUCAUCAUGAGAUAGCGUCAUUUUCACAAGUUCCUGCAGCAUAUUGUAGUACAUAUAAUGCCCUUAUUCAGAGCCUUUCACUUGCGCGUAAGGUUAACAAGGCCUUUGAAUUGUAUGCGGACAUGACAAGGAUGGGUGGAGUUCCUGAGCUAAGUACAUUUAUUCACCUUAUUAAGGGCCUCAUCACAGUGAACAAGUGGGAAGAAGCACUUCAGCUUUCAGAUAGCUUCUGUCAGAUGGAUAUUCAAUGGCUUCAAGAAAAAGAGACUCCUGAUGCAGCUUAGGCAUUUUUGAACAUUUGGUUUUCCAGUUUACUUGAUUGAUCACUGAAUGAUUGGGAUAAAGUUAGGCUCAGAGGUCGAUUUAAUUGGUCGAGGAAUGAGGAUUUUUUCCUGCACGCAUAAGAAAGCAAAAGACAACCAAUAAUUGAAUGCUUAACAAACUGAAAUAACAGUCUCACCAAGACCUCCAUCUGUUGUUUAAAGUCACUUGGAUUCGGAAGAUAGCCAUGCCAGCUUUAACCGAGUAUCAUUUUCCGAUUUUUCAAUCUUAAUAAUGGUGGUUUGGUCUGACAGUGUAACUAUUUGCAUCACAUGGAUUGUACACUCUGCGCAUUACUUACUGCAUGUGAUACACGGCGGUACCUCCAAAGCUCAGGUCCAAUCCCUACACCGCAAAACAACUCGGCUGGAAGAUACAACUCAUAUUCAUCCAACUUGCUGACCGAAUCUCUUCAAAGUUCAGCUGUAAGGGAUGAUGACAGGAACAAAAAAUCCCACCACCCCUGACUUCCUGAUAUGGCAGCCAUUUUCACACUCGAAACUCGAAGAAGAUGAUGGCUACACAGUAUGGUGGUACUACCGAUAACAAAGAAAUAGGUCUGGUAGGUUUUCUAGCUAGAUUUCGCACUGUCAUUUUAAAGUAAAAAAGCUUGUUUUUUACUCUUAUUGCAAGUUAUCUCUCUGAUGUUUAUAUAUGACCCUUUAAUAGGAUUGAUUGUUUGCAUAACUUCAUGUAUGUCUACCUGUGACUUGUUUUCUAGGUUUAUACAGAAGGUUUAUUAAACAAUAAAUCCAUGCCAUGAACUAAUUCAUGUGCUUUGUCAGUUUUCUGUAACUUUCGACCUAUUUUCAAUAAAUAAAUUGUCGUUUGAUCUA